AUGCUCAUCAAGCAUGAGGAUUGUGUCGAUAUUGUAUCUGGCCGGGCUGGCGGCGGCGGCAGCAGAUGCAUCGGGAACCUGUUCGAGCACGCUACAGCACCCGCCGUUACGGUUGCGCCAGACGGCAGCGGCCAGUUCACAGCCAUCGGUGAUGCGAUCUCAUAUGCCCAAGGAAAGGAUAUACCGACUGUAACAGUCCUCAGCGGCACGUAUCCAGCUAUCACCAUCGAAUCUACACCAUCGGUCACUAUCGUUGCGGAAACCAAAAACGAAUACGACUAUACCCAAAACGAGGUGGUUGUCUCGAGCGACGGAACUGCCCUCACCAUUUCCGCCAAUCUUGCAGGAUUGACAGUUAAAAAUGUCAAAUUUGUAAACACUGGAUCAUCUGGAAGCGCGGCAAUUCUCAAAGGAACGGAUCUUGGGUUUUAUCAAUGCCAAUUCAUAUCAUCUGGUGACUCGGCUAUCAGUGCGAACCAAGUCCUGGCCGUGAUUGCAAACAGCUAUAUUGAGGCACCGACAAAUUUGAUUGAAGGAUCGGGGGAUAUCUACAUUUUCAACACAGUCAUCGUACCUACCGGAAGCUCCGCCGUGGUUGUAUAUGUCGAAGGACCGACGUCGAACGGAAAGUCUACGGUGGCGAUUGAUCGAUCCAGAGUCUCCCAGAAGCCAGGAGUGAACAACGACAAUGUCUACCUCGCGGCAGCUGCUGGACCAGGAGCCGUUGUGGUCUACCGGGAUUCUGCCUUGGGAGCCCUCAUUGCGCCCAGUGGAGUUAAGAUAGACAGCAGAACUCAAAAUGACGCCAAUCUUUUUGGUGAAUACGAUACGACGGGCGCUGGCGCCUACCUCAACAACCAGGAUGCUAGGUCCGGGUUCGUUUCUUACCUCGAGACUUCAAGCCUAUCUUCAGUGUCUAUCAGCGCAAUCGUCGCUGAUGGAAACUCGGACACGACCUGGAUUGACCCUGCUGAUCAGCAUCUUCAGGGUCAGGGAACGGCUCAGGCGAUGACGGCGAUGAUUCAGGUUCUGGCUCGACAGGCUCAGGAUCAACUAGCUCUGGAUCAACGGGCUCAGACGAUGGUUCUGGCUCUAACUCGUCAGGGUCAGGCUCAUCAAGCUCAAGCGAUGGUUCAGGAACAUCGGGUUCUGAUUCAGGUAGUGGUGCUGGAUCAGCAGGACCUGGCUCGACAGGGUCAGGAUCAACGGGCUCAGGGUCAACAGGGUCAGGAUCGACAGGCUCAGGGUCGACAGGCUCAGGGUCGACAGGCUCAGGCGAUGGUUCUGGCUCAGGGUCGACAGGUUCUGGCGAUGAUUCAGGCUCAGCAUCAACAGGCUCAGGGACUAGCGGUAGUGGUGCUGGAUCAGCAGGACCUGGCUCGACAGGCUCAGGAUCGACAGGCUCGGGAUCGACAGGGUCAGGGUCAGGGUCAACAGGGUCAGGGUCAACAGGGUCGGGAUCGACUGGCUCCGGGACUGGCGAAGAUUCUGGAUCUGGCUCGACAGGCUCAGGUUCGACAGGUUCGGGAUCAACAGGCUCGGGGUCAACAGGCUCAGGCGAUGAUUCGGGCUCAUCGGGUCCUGACUCAGGCUCUUCAAGCUCUGGAUCAUCGAGCGGGAGCGGAAGCGGUGGAGCCUCAGACUCAGGCUCAGGGUCGAGCUCUAGUGGAGGAUCCGGAUCAUCUAGCGAUGCGGGAUCUGGAUCUGGGAGUGGAGGAGCAAAUGGCUCCGACCCUGACACGAGCCCAACAACGGUUUCAGCCACCUCGGCCCCCGGUAACCUCCACCACGGUUAUCAUCGUCGUUCUGGACCUGGGGAUCACCACGACCGUUCCGCAAUCCACAGUUACCGUCACUCAAUUUAUCACGACUACAGUCAAGCAGGGCCUUCUUCUCACGCCAUCGACAACGGACGCUAUCGUGACGAGUCUGGUUGGAAACGCGACUGUGACUAAAUCGUUGGACGUAACAACGAUAGUGUCAAGCUUUACAUCAACUCAAACCGACACGAAAAUUGUAACGACGACUCUCAGCUGCAUCCCGGAAUCGAAACCGAUAAAGCGUGGAUUGCUCAAACCACGAUCCACUACCGCGUCAACCACUUCCACUCAUCGCUCAACAGUGACUGACUAUGUCACGACUUCGACCAUCACUGUACCAAGGUCGACCAAAUAUAUCACGAUUACUCGGACGACAACGAUUAACAAUCCUCCAAAGAGCAAGAAAGAGUCUCCGCUGAUAGCAGAAGACACAUCAACCCCGAAAACAACUACUCGCACAACUGAAGUCACCAUACAUCCAGCUCCAACUACCACGGUGAUUACAGAGUGGAUUACAUCCACAGAAUCUGGAAUUCCAUCCGAGCUGAGGACGACAGUAACCCAUACGAGAACUCCUUCGGUCACAAUUACUUCCCAGAUCACCUUCACAUCGACGAAGAUCAUCAAGACUAUUUCUACAACCUCGACCACCAUCACACAGACAGUCUCGAAUGCUCCCACUUGUAAGACAUGA